AUGUUGCAGGUUCGUCAAAAACUGGCUGGCCUCCAGCAAGAUAUUGCGGGGUUGUCGCAUGCCGUCAGAGGAGAAAUCGAGCAUCCGCAAAUGGAUACGUGGGAAGCAAAUACCCUCACCCGACUCAUCGACGUUAUCCACCACUGCAACUAUCGUACUCUUCCUCCUCUCAGAUGGCCCGAAGGCCACGAACUCGAUGAUUCCGAUUUCGCUUAUUGCACCGUCGCUCGUCGGAUUGAAAGGAGAAUGCUGUACCAGCUCGGACUAGGUAACGCUUACUAUGACAGGUUGCGCCAUUACGCCGAGGUCGUUGCGUUUCGAAGCUCGAGCCCGUUCAUGACAGAGACUGCUUUCGCCCAUUGGCUGGUUGAAGAGAAGUGCAACCGACCGGGAAAGUAUGGGUUCUGGGGCUUCCUUUAUCCCAUCUGUUAUGGCCGUACCGUGGAGCAAAGUGCAGCUAUGCGGGCUUGA